AUGUCGAGAACGAUCCUCGUGUUCGACGUCGAUGGGACUCUGACUCCGGCCCGACAGGUUCGACUUCAGAAGGAAAUUUCCACCUGAGCGGCAAUUCCAGGGAAUUUCGCCUGAAAUGACAGCGUUCCUGGCGGAGACGCGGCGGAAACUGCCUCUGGCGGUCGUCGGCGGCUCCGACCUCCGGAAGAUCACUGAACAACUCGCCAAAGACCACGAGCAUUGUCAGAAAACCUCUCAUUUUCCUGACUUUUCCUCAUUUUCAGUACUUUCCUUGUUUGACUACGUCUUCUCGGAAAACGGACUCGUCGGCUACAAAGGCACAGAGAUUUAUCCUUCUCAAGUUCCUCAUCGCCUGUUUUCUCCUUUCAAAUUCGCCUUCAUUUAGACUAUCCAGAGCGUUCUCGGCGAACAACGUCUUCAGGAGGUCAUCAAUUAUGCAUUGCGCUACUUCUCCGAACUGACUUUGCCGGUGAAACGCGGCAACUUUAUCGAGUUCCGUAAGGUAGUCUUUGGAAAAGAAUAUGUAUAGAAAUCAUAAAUCCGAAAUUUUUGACAUUAGUGAACUUUUGCCCCUGAAGUUAAUUAUUCAAAGGCUAUCCAUUGGAGCUUCAAUCAAUAAUUUUGAGGAAUUUACGUGAUUCUUCAGGUUUGUUUUUUAUGAAUAACAAAAAACUUCAAAAUAUAAAAAAUAAACUAAGCUGACCCGCCAAAUUUCACCAAAAGUCCAAUCGGGGGAUUGGACUUUUGGUGAAAUUUUAAAAAGAAAAAUUCGUAAGGGCAUCGAAAAAGUGAGAACUUUCGACUAUUUUCGGCCUCAGGGCAUGCUGAACUUGUCGCCGAUCGGUCGCAGCUGCUCUCAAAGCGAACGUGACGGCUUUGUCGCCUUUGACAAUGAACACAAGAUCCGUGAGAAGUUUGCCGCCAAGUUGCGCGAGAAGUUCUCUGAUUACGGCCUGUCUUUUGCCAUCGGUGAGUAUUUCCAACUACAUCAAUAACAAUUAAUUGAGCUAGUAUUUUCAUAGCAGAAUUCAUAAAAAUUGAUGUGUGCAAACGAGCCAUUUUUGCAUUGAAAGAGUGAAAGAAAAAAUCUCUGAAAAAAAAUUUCUCAACAUAUCAAAGAACAUUUAAUAUUUCACUUACUUCGAAAAUAACUAUUACACGAAACCGCACUAGAAAUCUCUGAUGAGAUUUUUGCAAUACCGUUCAGGCAUCUCAAAAUGCAAAUAAAUAGUCUAAUAACGAUUUCUAUACUUCAUUCUGAUGAUCUAAUCUCAAAGUUGGUUUUUGCGCGUGGUUUCUGAUGCAUCGCGUGCAUUGCGUACAACAGCAGAACACACGGGACUUGCAGAAAAAUAAUCAAAAUUUGAGGCGGCGAGAUCAGCGUCGACGUUUUUCCGACGGGUUGGGACAAAACCUACUGUCUGAAGUAUUUCGAGUCGGACUUCGAUACAAUUCAUUUCUUUGGCGAUAGGACACAGCCGGUUUUUCGCACUUUUUUUUUGAAAUAGCCGAGAGUUGUUUUGUGUUCAACAUUUUGAGUCUUUAGGGCGGCAACGACCACGAGAUUUUCGCCGAUCCGCGUACAGUUGGACACACUGUCAAGGGCCCCGCCGACACGAUUCGCCAGGUUUCAGAAGUACUUGAGAGCCUUAAAUUAUCGCAAUGA